AUGACGUCCAUCACCGUCUCAGACAUUGAGGUUGCUGCAACACCGGCCCAGCUUGUGAAGUUCAGACCAGCUGGCCGGCUCACGUCACCAUUAUCUACAUCGCUGUCUGGGCGCAACCCAACGUCGCCGAAGGAAGGCGAGCCGGUCAUCUCCCUCUAUCAGCCAACCUCAGGAACUGCGUUCGACCCGCGCUGCCGCCACUCUCUCUUGCUCUCCACGGCCGAAACGUCCCGUAACCCCCUCUUCCACCAGGCCUGUGUCUUCAUUCCGGAGCAUGACGAGCUGUACGUCACCUCCGAUCUGCUGCAGACCACCACCAGCAGCUCGUUGCCGAUCGUACUCAUCUCGCGUAUAAAGCUCCAUCGCAGAAUCAAGCCCAGUGGCGGCGGUGAGGCUGCGGCUGAGGACGAGGAUGACCCGGUGGGCGGCAGUGACGACGACGUCAUCACAGUGGAGUGGCAGAAGCUGCGGCCGCCGCAGAGCAUGACCAUGCCGGCAGGCGGCACACGUUACGCGGGCGGGAUGGUGUUCUGCUCUCAAGGCAGCUUAACGGAGGGCACUGGCGGGUUGUACUACAUGCCGCGAGGAAAGCCCCCCGAGGCGCUGGUCACCGGGUUCUACGGGCGAGAGUUCAACUCACCGUACGAUGUCGCCCUUACGAGGGACGGGUCGCUCUGGUUCACGGAUCCGUGCCGCGGCUUUGAGAAGGAUUUCCGCAGGAAGCCAGUGCUGCCUUGUCAAGUUUAUAGGUUUCAUCCCGAGUCUGGGGACCUCAGAGUCGUGGUGGAUGGGCUGGUCAGGCCGACUGGGAUUGCUUUCAGCCCGGACGAGAGCACAGCGUACAUCACUGAUACUGGUGCCUUCAGGGGUGAUGGCGAUGUGGAUUCCCCACAGACCUCAACUAUCUAUGCCUUUGAUGUAAUAACGAGAGCAGAUUCGCCCUUCCUGGCCAACAAGCGCGUCUUUGCCGUCCCAACUAAGGGAACACCGGCCAGCAUCAAAUGUGACGAGAAUGGCUUCGUUUAUGCAGGCUGUUCUGGCGGGAUAGAGAUUUGGAAUUCGGGGGGCAUGCUUCAGGUUGUGAUUGAGAUUCCUGGCAGUGUCACCAGUUUCUGCUUCGGCGGCCAAGAUGAGACGCGGAGAGAGAUGUUCGUAUGCGCCGAUCAGAGGCUGUGGAGGCUACGAUUCGGCUGGCGUGGCAAGUCACUACUCGGAGUUGAACGAGCCGGUUGGUUCGAGUGGAAUGAGAGAACUUCCAUCGUUGUGGCGAUACCUCGGUGA